GAGGCCUGCGUGUGGAGAAAAGCCUCCAGGGAGAGCUGUGCGGCCCUCCAACCUUCGCCCCUGCCCUCCUCGACUUUUUCCCACAGCUCAAAAUGGCCGCUGGUUUGGAUUUUGGCGAUCUAGAGUUAUUCGAGGCGUUUGACCCUCAAGAGGAGUCAACCCCGAAGCCAGUUCACACCCGCUUCAAGAACGACGACGACGAGGAGGAGGACGCCGAAGAGAACGGGGUGGGAGACGCGGAGCUACAGGAGCAGCUUCGGCACUGUGAGGAAACCAUCAAGCAACUCCGCGCCGAGAAUCAAGAACUUAAAAGAAAAUUGAACAUUCUGACAAGACCCAGUGGCGUACUGGUGAGCAAUACUAAGAUAGAUGGACCCUUAUUACAAAUUCUAUUUAUGAACAAUGCUAUUUCAAAACAAUACCACCAAGAAAUAGAGGAGUUUGUAUCAAAUUUAGUAAAGCGAUUUGAGGAGCAGCAAAAAAAUGAUGUGGAAAAGACUUCCUUCAGCCUUUUACCCCAGCCAUCCAGUGUUAUGUUGGAAGAGGACCAUAAAGUAGAAGAAUCAUGUGCCAUUAAAAGCAACAAGGAAGCUUUCAGUGUUGUAGGAAGUGUCCUGUAUUUUACUAAUUUUUGCCUUGAUAAAUUGGGGCAACCGCUACUAAAUGAAAACCCUCAGCUUACGGAAGGAUGGGAAAUACCCAAGUACCAGCAAGUCUUCAGCCACAUUGUUUCUCUAGAAGGGCAAGAAAUGCAAGUAAAGGCAAAAAGGCCAAGGCCUCAUUGUUUCAAUUGUGGUUCUGAAGAGCAUCAGAUGAAGGAGUGCCCAAUGCCCCGGAAUGCUGCUCGAAUAAGUGAAAAGAGAAAAGAGUAUAUGGAUGCCUGUGGUGAGGCAAACAAUCAGAGUUUCCAGCAGCGGUACCAUGCAGAAGAAGUAGAAGAGAGAUUUGGACGAUUCAAGCCAGGAGUUAUUAGUGAGGAACUUCAGGAUGCACUGGGUGUGUCGGACAAGAGUCUUCCCCCUUUCAUCUACCGCAUGCGCCAGCUGGGCUACCCUCCAGGCUGGCUCAAGGAGGCUGAACUGGAGACUUCAGGGCUUGCACUCUAUGAUGGAAAUGAAGAUGAUGCUGAUGGAGAAACAGAAACUGGAGAAAUACAGAAUAAAAAUGUCACUUAUGAUCUGUCAAAAUUGGUAAACUAUCCUGGUUUUAAUAUAUCUACUCCCAGAGGUAUUCCAGAUGAAUGGAGAAUAUUCGGUUCCAUACCAAUGCAGGCAUGUCAACAGAAGGAUGUGUUCGCCAGUUACCUUACUUCUAACAUCCAGUCGCCGAGCAUGAAGUCUGGCAGCAAGCGAUCUUCUUCUCAGUCCAGCCCUAAUAGUCCAAAGAAGCAGAGGAAGGAAGGCAGCUCAGCAGCCUCCCCUGCUGACAUGGACAUUGACUCAGAUACGGAGGUUCCACAUGGUUCUCAGAGCAGCAAAGCCUUUCAGUUUCAACCACCACUGCCUCCUGGCACACCUCCUCCACCCCUCUUUACUCCUCCACUCCCUAAGGGCACCCCACCACUGACUCCCAGUGACUCACCCCAGACCCGACCCACAGCUUCAGCCAUGGACGAGGACACCCUGACACUGGAGGAGCUUGAAGAGCAGCAGAGGCAGAUCUGGGCUGCUCUGCAGCAGGCCGAGGGAGGCAACAGUGACUCUGAUGUUCCUGUGGACACACCUUUAACUGGGAAUUCAGUUGCCUCCUCCCCUUGUCCAAAUGAGUUUGACCUCUCUGUUCCAGAAGGAAAGGCCAUGGAAAAGCCAGUGCUGACUGGCCCCCAGGGACCAACCACUUCUGCAGAAACAACUGGACCUGAGCCUCCCUCCAGCCCAGCGGCAGGGGCAGCAGUGCUCUGUCAGAAAGAAGAGGGAGAAGAAACAGAGGGGGACCCUGAAGAUGCUCUUGACAAUGGCAGUGUGUCGAACUGUGACGUGAGGAAUGGAGGCAGCCAGAAGCUCCUUCAUCUGGGCACCCACCCCUCAGCAGCUUCAAAAACCCACAGCCUGGUCCCUGACAUGAGCAAGUUUGCCGCUGGAAUAACACCCUUCGAAUUUGAGAACAUGGCAGAGUCCACUGGAAUGUACCUCAGGAUAAGAAGCCUGCUAAAGAAUUCACCCCGAAAUCAGCAGAAGAACAAAAAGGCCUCUGAGUGAGCACUUGCCGCAGCAUCACCUGCUGCAAGACAGUCUGCAGCAGCUCUGUGUUGUUCUAGUGGACUGAGAUGGCCAUUGAAAUCACUUCCCGUGUGCCCCUCCCACCUUUCAGAAUAUGCCCAUGAUUUAUUGUGAUCUCAGCUCUAGCCUGUUUCACAGAAUGAAAGACUAGGCGUGAGUUUGCUGUUUUACUCUCACUGACAACAGCCGAGUGGUGUGUUCAUGAGCUGCUUCAGAGGUGGUUGGUACGGGUUGAGGAGUUGUGGAUCGUGAGUAUCUGUCCAGAGUGAAGGUUUUUUUGUUUUUUUAUUAUUAAUGUCUUUUGUAAAUGUUUUCCCUUUCUACAUUUUGCUAUUAUCCUGUAUAUAGAAACUUAAUAUAUCACUUUUUAAAAGAAAUUCUAACAACUUUAAAUUCACAUUUCAAUUCCAACAACCAAAUGAGAACAAUCAGGGAUGAGCAGCUUUAUCCUGCUUGGGGUAUUUUUGUAAGAUUUUCAUGCAUGAAUUUUAAUAACACUUUUAUUUUUUGUAAUUAUUUGAAUCCAGUAAAGGUGUGCUCAUCUUUGUGUACAGAGGUUUAAUAAAUUAGUUUUCUUACACAUGAGCCAAGACUUUGGGAGAUGUGACUCACAGUUAAAUUGUUCUUUUAAACUUAGAUGAAAAUUAUGUGUUUGCAAAGAAACUGCAUGCUUGGCUGCUUUAUAUAAGUGGGCCCCAGCCUUACAUAUAAUAUAGAAACAAAAGUGUUUAAUUAUUUUGGAAUGGAGGUCAGUUAGCCUUUGUACAAGAUAAUAUUGUGCAUACAAGCCGUAAGGUAAUAGACACAAACUGAGUGUGACUUCUACUACACAAGCAGGAGCCGGAUCUGGUUCUCUCAGGAAUGCUUGGAGAUCUUGAAUUACCACUCAGGUAGUGUUGUUGCUCUGCUCCCAGGCCAACAGAGGGCGAAAGGGAAUCAUUCUGGACUCAGUGUUCGUCUCUGAGAACUUGCUUAGUCCAAUUCACUGAUUGUAAGCAGUAAAGGAAGGAUGCUCACAAGAAAGGGUGAAUGAGGCCAUGCUGGAAUAAAUGUUGAGUGCUUUGA